AUGUCAAAUGAGGAUGAUCACUGUCCUGAGAAAAUAUUGCCGAGCUCUUCAAUGCCCCAUGCUCCUGAGAAAGAUAUUCCACAUUCAUUGAACGACAUUGGGGAUACCCAGGUUAUUAAUAACUUACCUAUAUCAAACUCGGAGAUAGAUAUGAUUGAAACAAAUGACAUUUACAGUUCUGAUGUUCAACUACCUACCAGUCAGGAUUAUGAGAACGUCACGGCAGAUAAAACUGCCCUUGAUGAACAGCAGCAAAAUCAGCAUAAGAUCAACCAAACUGAUGAAAAAGAUGAUGAAGUUCAUAACGUUCAUGGUACAAAAAGUACUAAUGAUGAAUAUCAAGGCGAAAAUGGUGUACCGCACACUCUGCCGUUGCUCAGUCUUUCAAGGACAUCUUUCAGAAGAUUUAAUGUAUCGGCGGAGAACGAGGAGGCGAAAGCGGAAAUUAUGAAUAAUAUUGACCAUGGUGGUGAUAAUUCCUGGCUAGAUAAUGCAAAGGAUCCUUUUGGCUCCACACAAUCGCAAGAUGAACUUAAAAACAAUACAGAUAUAAUAUUGGAUGCUCAGCUGGAGAACAGUGAAGCGGAUGACACGAAUGAUAUUGAACAAAAAGCUCACGAAGUUUUUGAAAAGCUCAGGGAGCAAGCAAACCAAGCCCUGUUAGUUUCAACACAAAAUAGCGUUUUAAAUGGCUGUGAUGAGGAUGUCACAAACUCCACCCAUCGCUUUGAUAUCACUGAUGAUACUCAAAGAAUUGAUCCAGAAACACAAGCUUCAUAUAUAAAAUUUACAUUGGAGCACACACAACAACAUAGAUUGUCUUUGAAUAAAUUAAAGAACAUUCUUAAGACACCAUCAGAUAAUGAAAAGCUACGUGUUGCGCAGAAGUCGACGCAAAUAAUUUUCGACGAUACCCAAAAUCUAAACGAUGCUGAAACUCAAAAAAUUAACUCCUCUCCGAUUAAUUUGAACAAUGCUGAAACACAAAAGAUUGUAUCCUCUCCUAUUGAUUCAAAUGAUACUGAGGCCCAGAAAUUCAUUUAUGCUACAGGUAGCUCAACCAGUUGUGAAUCACAGAAACCCAAUCUUUUUCUAGUCAACCCAGGUGAGGCUGAAACACAGAAAAUUGGUUCUUCUCUUCCUAAAUUAGAUAAUUCUGGGCUUCAAGAAUCCAAAACCAAUUCAAAUAAUGCUGAAACCCAAAAGAUUUACUCAUCUCCCACAAAUUUAAAUGAUAAUGAAACUCAAAAGAUUUAUUCAUCUCCCACAAAUUUAAAUGCCGAUACUCAGAAGAUUGAGUCCCUCAAGGAUCCUUGGGAUCAUGACAAUGAGGUGCAAGUAAAUAAUAAUAAUGUGAUCCCAACACAAAGUUCUGAAGGGAAUAAUGAGCCAGAUAUCCAAAUACCGGCGACAAUUGAGGGCACGAAUGAUGUUUAUGAGCCACAAUUCUUUUCUCAAAACACAAGCACUGAAAAAAAUCAAGUCAUUACAGAUGACGCUGCUUCCCAAGGCUCGUAUGAAAAAGCAGAUGAAACAGUUAAUCAACUCCCUUUGAAUAUAGAUGAAAAAGAACAAGCAAAAAUAAAUUCAAGAAUUGGUGACGGCGACGGUGAUCCGCAAAGUGGUGAAUUGAAGUUUGAAAAUGGAUUAGAAGUUAAAGCAACUCAACGAAGUCAGCCCCAAGAGAUUAUUGGAGCUGAUGUGAGCUCAAUUCCUACCAAAGAAGCUGAUACCCAAAAAAUUUUAGACGAGAACAUAAUGAGCAGUGAAGAUUAUUAUGAGCCUAAGAAAACUCAACACGAUUUCGGCCAUUCACAAUCCAUUGUUAUUGAAGAGUCUUCUCCUGCUAUUCGUGCUACUGAUGUUAUUACCUUUGAUACUCCAACUCGAAGCUCAUUCCAAAUUACACUAGGCGAAAAUGACGAAAAAAAAAGUCCUCUGCAAGACAGUAACCCAAAGUAUCCUAUAACUCACGAUCAGCAGCUCAUCGAUAGGAGGUCAGAAGAUAUACAAGCCGCCAAAGAACAUGAAGGAGGUAAUCCCAAGAGAACCGAUAAUGUCUUGGGUACACCACGACACAUUAAGGGUGAUGCAAAUGAGAGAUUUACUUCCAGUCAGCAAACUGAUAACAGUAUCGAUAUAAAUACCUUAAAGAUUGAAGAUAAUUCACCUGGAAUGACUGACGAUGAUCAAGAGGAUACUAUCAUCAGAGGUGGAUCAAGAAAGCGUAAGAUUAGGGCUAGUGGAAGAGGCGACAUUAUUACAAGAGAACCAAGAAAAAGAAUGAUUGUUGACGAUAGCGAAGACGAUGAAAGUGAACAUGAUAAGGAAAAUGAGAAGGAAAAGCUGCAAAGCAUGAUAUUUCCGAACAAACUCGAAGUAAACCAAGGUAUUACUAAUAAAAGUGAGAAUAAAGAGAGCAAACGAACAAUAUUACGUGAAGAAAAUGAGGCCAAUUAUACUGAAGACAGCGAGGCAGGGCUAUCAAGGGAAACAGCGUCAGUUUGGGCAACCUAUGAUUUUCACUAUUAUCCUGCUAAAGUAAUCAGAAAUAAUAAUUAUAAGUGCGAAGUUCAGUUUUAUGAUGAUGAUAUUAUUAUCAAAAAGGAAGAUAUUUGCUCCCCUUUAGAUAUCAAGAUUGGAGAUACUGUGAAAAUCCAUGCUGGGAAUGACACCCAUAUUGUUACUGGUUUAGGCCAAACUUCUGAGGUAGAGGCUACAUUAUCAUGCGUUAGAGGUUUCAAUUGUGUUUAUCUUAGAAAACUUGUUCGAAAUUUACCAAGUGAUAAGCAUCCCGAAAUUUGCGUGGAUCUAUGGGAGAUUUACAUGACCGAUGAAAAUUGGUUGACAAGGCUUGAUUCCCCGAUAGCUAAAAACUAUCUCGUGAAGCCAUUAAAAAGUGGAACGGUCAUACGUCCCUCAGUGGAACCAUCUGAUCUUAGUAGAUCUAAAGUCAAAACUUUUAAAUCACAAAGAGUGGACCAUAAUAUUUCAAAAUCUGAGCAAUUUUACAGUUAUGUAUCAUCGGCUGAGACCUCGCCAGUGAAAACAGUAAUAAAAAGCAGAAUUUUUGAAAACACUGCGUUCUGCCUUACCGGUGACUUGGAAGCAGAUAGAGUUAGGUUAACGCAAUUGAUUAUGGAAAAUGGCGGAGUGGUCCUCAAGGAUGGAUUCUCGGCAAUGCUAUCAGUAAACCGUGAUGUGAAUGGGAAUAUCGAGAAAAUAGAAGUUGUGAAUCAAUAUAAGAAUAUUAAGUUUGCCGCUGUUAUUGCAAGGUCCUAUAGCAGAAGUGUGAAGUACCUACAAAUCCUUGCCCUUGGUUGGCCAGCUCUUUCUAAACAUUUCAUAUUUCAGUGUGUGGAGAAGUCACGAUGGUUAGAUGAUUGGUAUGGAUAUCAAUUGAUUGCGGGAGAAUCAAAGUAUUUGGAUACCCAGCAAAGUCUCCGAACUCAAAUGUUUGAGCAGAAUUACUUAGAUCCAGAUAUCAAUGGAAUUCAACAUCAAUUAGAUAACAAACGCAAUAUUCUUCGUGAUUAUACAGUUUUAAUGGUUUCAAUAAAACCCCUGGUUUGUGAACUUUUUUUCUUUUUGCUAGGGGCUGAAGUAAUAACGCUGGUUGGGUAUAAUGAAGCUUUGUUAAAAAUGGUGCGAAAAUUGAAGAAAAAGAAAGCGCAGAGAUCUCACAAAUUUUUGUUUUAUGAUUAUAUCACGGUUUCCAAAAUGGAAGAAAAGUUGCAAAGCUUAAAAAAUAAAGCAGUCUCAUCAAAUAUCGAGACUUUUAAAACUAAAAAAAGAAGUUCUCGCAAAAGGGCAAAAACAGAACAAGGAACCUCUUCGACCAGUAAACUGAAGAAAUCGAUCUUUUCCAGAAGGGAUAAAGAAGAUGAGGAAAAACCAACGGAGGUGACUUUGGGACUAGUAGAUUGGGAAUGGGUUGUUCAAUGUUUGAUUAGCUCUUGCAAGUGGGAGCCAGUAAAGGAGUUUGUAUUAUAUUGA